AUGACGUUAUUCACGAAGAACGACAACAUUAUUGAAAUGGAAGAUAAAAAUAAAUCGUAUGGAUUUGAUAUUGGCGUUGAAGGGUUAAAUCAGUUGAUGAAAUUACGUGGAAAAGAACUGAUUGAUAGAUUAAACAAAGAUUAUGGUGGACUAAAUGGUCUCGUACAAAAAUUAAAAGCAGAUUCAAAAAAUGGACUACAAUUAGAUAAUGAAACCGCUUUGAAACAAAGGCAAAAUGCGUAUGGAAAGAAUGAAAUACCAGCAAAACCAAUGAAAACUUUUUUAAAGCUAUGCUGGGAAGCAUUGCACGAUUUAAUGUUAAUAAUUCUUCUUGUUUGUUCCUUUGUGUCUAUUGGACUCUCAUUUUACAAACCACCGACAGAGAACACUGAGACCAAAGAAGCUAAUAUUGAAUGGGUUGAAGGUGUAGCGAUUUUGAUGGCGGUACUCGUUGUUGUGUUGGUGACAGCUUUUAACGAUUGGAGAAAAGAAAAACAAUUUCGCGGUUUACAAGCAAAAAUUGAGAAUGAUCAAUUAUCAAAUGUUAUACGAAAUGGAAAGAUUCAACAAAUUAAUGUACAAGAACUCGUGGUUGGAGAUAUGUGUCUUAUCAAAUAUGGUGAUUUACUACCCGCUGAUGGAAUACUCGUUCAAGCUAGUGAUGUUAAAGUAGAUGAAUCAUCGCUCACAGGUGAAACGGAUUUAAUUAAAAAAAAUGAAUCAGAAAAUAUUGGACUGUUAUCAGGAACUUAUGUUAUGGAAGGAACUGGUAUGAUGAUUAUUACUGCGGUUGGUUUGAAUUCUCAAGUUGGUCGUAUAAUGACGUUGCUUGGCACUACGGAAAAUAAAGAGAAGAAAAAAGGAAAAUCUAAAAAUAGAGCGAGUCAUAGAAUGUCAUCUUCAAAAAAAAAUGAAAACGAGGAUAGGUCAACGAAUGAACAGAUAUUCGACAUCAGUGGAAAAUUAGAAUCAAAUAAACAACCUUCUGGAAACAAAGAUGAUGAAAAACCAUUAAGAAAAGAAGAGAAAAAUGAUGAAAAACGUCAGAAAUCUGUAUUACAAACAAAACUGACUCGAUUAGCACUUUACAUUGGUUACAUUGCAAUUACUGUUGUUGUUGUCGCCGUACCAGAAGGCUUACCAUUGGCUGUGACACUGGCAUUAGCGUACGCUGUUCGAAAAAUGAUGGAUGAUCAUAAUUUGGUAAGACAUUUGGAUGCGUGUGAAACAAUGGGUAAUGCUACAACGAUAUGCUCUGAUAAAACGGGAACAUUGACAACAAAUCGAAUGACAUGUGUACAAUUAUAUAUUGGAGAAAAAUACUAUGAAAAAAUACCAAAUGUUGAAGAAAUUAAUUCUGAUAUAAUUUCAAUUUCACACGAAGCUAUGGCCGUAAAUACGAACUAUACCUCUAAAAUAGAGGAGUCAAAUAAGAAUGGUGGAUUGGCUAAACAAAUUGGAAAUAAGACUGAAUGUGCUUUAUUAGAUUUAGUUAAAAUGUUGAAUGGUUCCUAUGAUGAUAUACGUCAACGAAUACCAGAAUUAAAAUUUGUUAAAGUUUACACAUUUAAUUCAGCGAGGAAAAUGAUGAGUACAAUAAUUACUAGAGAAAAUGGAGACUAUAGAAUGUACACAAAAGGUGCAUCUGAAAUCGUAUUGUCAAAAUGUAAAUAUAUUCUUGAUUCAAAUGGUCAACCAGUGGAUUUGACUCGUGACGAAUUAAAUAAAAUUACCCAUGAUAUCAUUGAAAAAAUGGCUAAUAAUAGUUUAAGAACGAUAUGUAUUGCUUACAAAGAUUUUUACAAUGAACAAAAUUGGGAUGAAGAAGAAGAAAUUGUUUCAAAUUUAAUUUGUAUUUGCAUAGUAGGAAUUGAGGAUCCUGUAAGAUCAGAAGUGCCAAAAGCAAUAGAAAAAUGUCAACGUGCAGGAAUUAUUGUGAGAAUGGUGACCGGUGAUAAUUUAACUACUGCUCGUUCAAUAGCCACAAAAUGUGGUAUUAUCAAACCAACGGAUAAAUUUCUUGUGGUGGAAAGUAAAGAAUUUAAUAAACAAAUACGAGAUGCUCAAGGAAAUGUCUCCCAAAAACUAUUAGACGAAAUUUGGCCUAAUUUACGUGUACUGGCUCGAUCAUCUCCAGAAGAUAAAUAUAUCUUAGUCAAUGGCAUUGUUAACAGUAAAAUAAGCAGUCAUCGAGAAGUAGUGGCCGUGACUGGUGAUGGCACAAAUGAUGGACCAGCAUUGAAAAGAGCGGAUGUUGGAUUUGCAAUGGGCAUUCAAGGAACGGAUGUUGCAAAACAAGCCUCGGAUAUAAUAUUAACUGAUGAUAAUUUUUCAAGUAUUGUCAAAGCAAUAAUGUGGGGAAGAAAUGUGUAUGAUAGUGUUGCAAAAUUUUUACAGUUUCAGUUAACAGCUAAUUUGUCCGCUGGUCUCAUAUCAGUAAUAUCAGCUGCAGCAAUUAGCACUGUUCCAUUACGAGCUGUACAAAUGUUAUGGGUGAACUUAAUUAUGGAUACAUUAGCAUCUCUUGCAUUAGCCACCGAACCACCAACAGAAGAGUUAUUAGAUCGUAAACCAUACGGUAGAACAAAAUCUAUUAUAUCAGCAAUUAUGCUUAAAAAUAUUAUUGGUCAUGCGCUAUAUCAACUUAUCAUUAUGUUAAUCAUUCUAUACCUUGGAGAUCAAUUUCUUGAAGUAGAAUCUACAGUUAAAGGAUUAGUAAAUCAUCCGGAAUUAAGCCGUUUGCCUUCACAACAAUUUACUAUUGUAUUUAAUGCAUUUGUAUUAAUGACACUAUUUAAUGAAAUUAACUGUCGUAAACUACAUGGUGAAAGAAAUGUGUUUAAAGGAAUAUCUAAAAAUCCAUUUUUCUAUUGUAUUUGGAUAUUUUCGUUUGGUGUGCAGAUAAUUAUUGUCACGUUUGGUAAUGUUGUAUUUAAUUGCGUAAGUUUAUCGAUUCAACAAUGGGGAUGGUGCAUAUUAUUUGGCAUUGGAUCGUUAAUAUGGGCACAGUAUUUCUAUGUUAACUGUAAAAUUGAAGGUGAAGAAAAUCCAGCUGAGGAAGACGAUGAUUAUACGAGGUAUUUUACAACUGGAAAUUUAAUCGGUGCGGAAACAAUGAUUUUACCCCCACUGCCUGGCUUCACUCAAGUAUUAUGGCAUAAAAGUGUACAGAGGCUACAAAUGGAAUUUCGUGUUAUUAAUGCAUUUCGUGUCAGUCGUAUAGAAGAAGUUACAGACAGAGGAUUGUCAUUAAAACGAGACAAUCAAAAAUUAAGAAUACUUUAG